CACGACAGCGACCGACGGACAGAGCUGGAGGGAGCGAGCGGGCGAGCUCAUCUGCCAACCACCACCAGCGACCAGCAAUUUGGAUUGUUCGGUGUGGUGCGUGAGUUUGGUGGAUCUGAAUCGCUAAAGCUCCCACCUUUCGCCCACUCCCCCUCCACCACCGCCGGCAAGAAGAGCAGGGGAGGAGCACGCGGGGAUCUCGAGUCGAGCUCCCUCCCUCCCAUGGCCACCAGGGUCCUCGACACGCUCGCCGUCGCCGCGGAGGGCGGCGGGGGCGGCGCCGCGCUGCCGCUCACCUUCUUCGACGUGCCCUGGAUCUUCACCGGCCCCGUGGAGCGCGUCUUCUUCUACCCCUACCCGCACCCGCCCGAGCAAUUCCGGGCCGCCCUCCUGCCGCGCCUCGUCGCCUCCCUCUCCGCCGCGCUGGGCAAGUUCUACCCUCUUCUGGGGCGCGUCCGGCCCUGCCCGGACGGCGGCGGGUACGAGUUCUUCUUGCCCGCGGGAGGAGGGGGCGGCGGUGGCACCGUCGAGCUCACCGUCGCCGAGAGCGAGGACGAUUUUGACGAGCUCUCCGGCGACGGGCCCCGCGACGUCGCCCGGCUCUACUCGCUCGUGCCGCGGCUCCCGGUGGUUGAGGGGAGCGCGGACGGCGGGUUCGCGCUCGCCGCCGUCCAGGUGACCGUGUUCGCCGGGCGCGGGGUCGCCGUCGGCGUGUCCAUCCACCAUGUCGCCUGCGAUGACUCCAGCUACAUGCAUUUCGUCAAGACCUGGGCCGGCCACUGCCGGUUGGCCUCCGGUGGGGAGGACGCUGGCGCCGCGCUGCCCCCGCCGCCGUUCCUGGACCGCGCGGUCAUCGCGGACCCUCGAGGGCUUGCCGCCAGGACGCUCGACGAAAUGCGGCAGCUGGCGGCCAACGGGCCUCCUCCUCCACCGCCAGUGCCUGCGGUGCCGCCGCCCAAGCUGGUCAUCCGGUCGUUCACGCUGGCACGCGGCUGCAUCGACAAGAUGAAGCAGCGCGUGGCCGCCGACGCCAAGGACGCGACCACCCACUGCUCCGCGUUCACGGUGGCGUGCGCGUUCGCGUGGGCCUGCCUGGCGCGCUCCGCCUCCGCCGACGCCCCCUCCCCCGCCUCCGACGAGCGCGCGCACCUGCUCUUCUCGGUGGAGUGCCGGCGCCGCCUGUCGCCGCCGGUGCCGCAGGAGUACCUGGGCAACUGCCUGCGGCCGUGCUUCGUGGAGGUCGGCGCGCGCGACCUGCUCGGCGCGGACGGCGUGACGACGGCCGCCGCGGCGAUCGGCGCGGCCAUCCGGGCGCUGGACGGGGACGGCGUGCUGGCCGGCGCCGAGGGGUGGUUCCAGAAGAUCCUGUCGCUGGUGCCGCGGCGGCCCAUGUCCGUGGGCGGCUCGCCGCGGUACGGCGUGUACGACACCGACUUCGGGCUGGGCCGGCCGAGCAAGGUGGAGCUGGUGUCCAUCGACAAGACCCCCGGCACCGUGUCGCUGGCCGAGGGCACCGACGGGCAGCGCGGGAUCGAGGUCGGCGUGGCGCUGCCGGAGGCCGACAUGGCGCGGUUCGCCUCGUGCUUCUCCGACGGCCUGUACCAGCUAUGAGCAGGGAGAUGAUCCUGCUGGUGGUCAGUGCAAGAACAAGAGAAGAUUAUUGAUCAUAUUGCAAAAUUGCAAUUGCUCCUAUACUACUAGUACUAUAAUAUAAAAUGUAUAUUUGAGAGAAUGGAUGCUAAAAUUACAAUGAGGCUUUGUUAAUGGGAGUAAUUAGUUGUAGUAA